AUGGAUGACUGUUUCCAAUGCCCAGAAGAUGAAUUUCCAAACAAGAACAGAGACCAGUGCCUCCCUAAGUCCAUGAACUUCCUCUCUUUCUCAGAACCUUUGGGCACCACUUUAGUUUUUUUUAUAUUGGCUGCUUCUUUCACCACAGUUUUGGUACUAGGAAUUUUCAUCAAGUACAAGAACACUCCCAUUGUCAAAGCCAACAAUCGAGCUCUAUCAUUCUUUCUCCUCAUCUCCCUGUUCCUCUGCCCUCUUUGUGCUUUGCUCUUCAUUGGCCAGCCUCAGUGGGUGACCUGCUAUUUACGUCAAACUGCUUUUGGCAUCAUAUUUUCAGUAGCUGUUUCUUGUUUGCUGGCAAAAACCAUCACUGUGGUUCUGGCUUUCAUGGCAACCAAGCCAGGAUCCACAAUGAAGAAAUGGGUGGGGAGAAAAUUGGCUAUUUCUAUUAUUCUUGGCUGUUCUCUCAUACAAGUCACAAUUUGUAGUAUAUGGCUAUCUACUGCACCUCCAUUCCCAAAUUUCAACAUGAACUCUUUGGUUGAAGAAAUCAUACUAGAAUGUAAUGAAGGGUCAGUCACAAUGUUUUAUUUUGUUCUGGGAUACUUGGGAUUGCUGGCUUUUGUCAGCCUCACUGUGGCUUUCCUAGCCAGGAAGUUGCCAGACAGUUUCAAUGAAGCCAAGUUCAUCACUUUCAGCAUGCUGGUGUUUUGCAGUGUUUGGUUGUCCUUUGUGCCCUCUUACUUGAGCACCAAGGGGAAAUAUAUGGUGGCUGUGGAGAUCUUCUCCAUCUGGGUCUCCAGUGCUGGGUUAGUGGGCUGUAUUUUUGUUCCUAAAUGCUACAUUAUUAUUCUGAAGCCUUCCCUGAACACCAAGGAGCAUAUAAUAAGGAGGAAUAUGUAA